AUGCCCAUGCCAAAGCUGAAGCAACACAACGGCAACAAGAACGGCAACAGCAACAGCAAUAGCAACCUCCUCGGUGACAGCAAGCAGCAAGGGGGCAAGAGGAAGCCAAGGAAGAAGAAGCCGCCCCACCAAAUGAAGGUGUGGAGAAUUCAGCAAUACAUGGUUGUCACCAUUGACGCUGCCAAUGCAAAGAUCAUCCAAGUGUACGGUCACGGUUCGGUGACGAAUCUGAUCGGCCAGAUUACCAGGGACCAAAAGAAUCCCACACUGCAGUAUGUGGGUAGCCAAAGGUUCCGUCGUGGUGUUCUGCCUUGUCGCAAUGGCCCUCUUGGCAACGAUUUAGGUGGCAUCUUGGCCUAG